AUAAAAUUACUGCACUUUUUCCUCGCGCAGUACCGUAAGGCAAGGCAACGAGAGAAUGCGUCUUUGUUAGCGUCUCCGGCAAAGUCCGUUGAGGGAAUACUACUUAAGAUAAAGCUGAAGAACAAAUAUGUACGUUGGACGUGCGGAAAGAGAGAGAAAAUAAUUCAAGAGCGGUUCAUAUAGCCAUCAUUGCUUGCUGACUUCAUAAUCAGAUAAGGAACUAACUCACUGGCGACUACCACCGUACAUUUGUGCUUGUUGCCGAAGAACAGAAGGACGCCAAAAAAAGAACUAAACUUCUUAUGUAUGAAAGCAACGUGCCUUUUAUACAGUGCGCGAAAGACUGCCUGGGCGAUUACACCUGGAACAUUUUAAAAAUAAACGUGAACGGAAGUUGUUGAAUAGCAUAUCUGUCUUGCGUGCGCCACGGAGACAAGGAAGACUUUGACAAAAAGUUCGUUCAAGGAGCGAGCACAGACACACGAACGCUGGUGCGACUGCAGCGACGAGGCACAGGCGCAAGCGUCUGAACGACUUCUUUUUUAAAUUUAAAAAAAAAAAACUUACUGUUAGAAAAAUGGAUUAUAUAGGCCUAUAGUUUGAUUUACACAGAAGACUGACUUUUCAACUCCACGCGCCUCUCGAAAUUUGGCAGUGCGAUUCCGAUAACUUUGAGACUUUGUAUUCGUUUGAACCGAUACAGCGAAUGACUUGUGAUCUUUUCGCAUUUUAAAUAUUUGAAUUUGGAUAACAUUUGCAGUGAAGGCACAUCAUCACGUGCAGAAUCGAAAGUAUAUCCUAUUUGCAUAGGCAAGCAGACGACAGAAAAACCGCUGCGAAAAAAGAGGUCGGAGCUUGCGGUUUUUUUCUGUACUUAGUCGUGCAGUUAGAAAAAAAAAGUGAGCAGGGUGAUGUUUCUAAGGCUGGUACAUUCUGAACUGUAAGUGUGGCGCACAGGCAUCUGUGAGCAUCGUUCUUAUCGCUUCGUUUUUUGACUCCGUACACGCGAGUGCGAAGGUUGCGUGCGCAUUUGGCUGGGGGGCGAAGGACUGUGGAGCAGUGAAUUCAUCAGUGCUGCGCGCGCUCUAGGCUGCUUCCAAUCACGGAAGAACUACCGGACUUGUCGCCUGUACUUACAAAAUCGGUCCGAGUGGACGGCUGAAGAAAACUAAACUAAAAAAAAGAUACUUGGAGUAGCGAACUGUUCUCUUUACAAGUGGAAGAACUAAUUAAACUCCAUCUGAUCAGUGCUGAUCCGGCCGUUGUGAUGCAUAUUCCCGUAGACCCGACCACUACGAGACGGUUUACGCCGCCUUCGACGUCGUUCCCCUGCAACAAGAUUGGAGACGGGACUGGGCCCAUGGGCACCCCUGGACCGGUGAGGACGCGGCCAGAAGCCAGGUCCGUGGUGGACGUUCUCGCCGACCACGCCGGCGAACUUGUUCGGACGGACAGUCCCAACUUUCUCUGUUCGGUCCUACCUUCGCAUUGGAGAUGCAACAAAACGCUUCCCGUAGCUUUUAAGGUGGUCGCUCUCGGCGACGUUCCCGACGGGACGCUGGUGACCGUGAUGGCCGGAAACGACGAGAACUAUUCGGCGGAGCUGAGGAACGCGUCCGCCGUGAUGAAAAAUCAAGUCGCCCGAUUCAACGACUUGAGGUUCGUGGGCAGGAGCGGAAGAGGAAAGAGCUUCACUCUCACCAUCACGGUCUUCACCAGUCCCACCCAGGUGGCCACGUACCACCGGGCCAUCAAGGUGACCGUGGACGGGCCGAGGGAACCCAGACGUCACAGGGUGAAGCUGGAGGACCCCCAGAAGGCCAUGCAGUUUUCGGACCGCCUGUCCGAGCUGGAGCGCUUCCAGAGGGCCGGGCUGAGGAUGGGGCCUGGGUCGGGUAACCCCAGACCCUCCCACACCAGCCACUUCAGUCCCUCCAACCAGUCCCAGAUCCCAGCUCUGUGGCCUGAGCAGAUCGAGAGCUCCAGUCUGAAGACGUGCAAGGUGGAGGACGAGCUGAGGUGGUCAGGCCCCUCAGACCUGUUCCAACAGCGCACCUCCUUCCCGUCGCUGUCCCCCCUGACGGACCCCCGCUUCUCGGACCCCCGCAUGCACUACCCGGGGGCCUUCAGCUACUCCGCCAGCCCCUCCGGCACGGGCAUCGGGGGCAUCAGCAUGACGGGCAUGUCCGCCUCCUCCCGCUACCACACCUACCUGCCGCCGCCGUACCCGGGCAAUCAGAACCAGGGCGGCCACUUCCAGACCAACUCCUCGCCCUACCACCUGUACUACGGGGCGGGCUCCGGGUCCUACCCCUUCUCCAUGGUGGCGGCCGGAGGGGAGCGCUCCCCCACCCGCAUGCUGUCCUCCUGUCCCGGGGCGGGCUCGGCCGGGAGCGGGAACAACCUGAUGAACCCCAGCCUGGGCAGCCAGAGCGACGGGGUGGGGGAGGCCGACGGCAGCCACAGCAACUCCCCCACCACCAUGACCGCGUCCGGGAGGAUGGACGAGUCCGUGUGGAGACCGUACUGAGCGCGUGCGGACGACCG